UUGUACGAGAAACUUCAAGAGCUUAUUGCACGACGCCUCCAGAGCCGCCAUGUUAAAAGUCAAUGAUUCCUUUUGUGCGGCGGAACAAAAGGCACUUGUCCGUGCUUUGCGCCGACAUGGAACUACAUAUGCAGAGCCUCCUCUGCAACUUGCUUCUGCGUCAAUGAAUGCAGAAUAGCUCUACUAUUUGCUGCUUACCGACAGCAUCACGAUGUCUCAGAUGGGGCCGGAGAUUCGAGUGGUUGGAUGCGGCACCAGAACGAGUAAGAAAACCAAAACAGAACCGACCGGUUGCAUCUCAGUCAUCCGGAAGCGCAGCGAAAAGAAAUCGAAAAACGGCCUGGACCGGGACGCGACGGGCAACUUGUUCCGGCGGGCUUGGCGGGCAUCAAUGGGGGAACCCGACUCCCUGUACUGUGCGUCCAACUGGCGCGUCGGGAUUCCACAACACCCAAAUCUCCGCGUCCGGAUCCCUAAACGGCAUGGUCAAGUGCCCUGGGGCUGUGAAACUAAGCGAUUCAUCGAGUUCGAAUAUCGGCCCCUUCGUUUGGCGCCUUGAUGGUGUUAUCUGUCGCCUUAGGAACGUUCAAUCAGCAAUCCGAAAGUCCCCGUUUUAUUCCAUAUCUUCUCCUUCCACCGCAUCACAACUUCUCACGUGGUCUUUGACCCCUACCCAGUGCAACCCUGAAUCAACUCCUUUCACUAUUUCUCUUAUUCCUUUCCUUGAGUUCAUCACGGCCCAGGGACAUGGUCUGAACUGAAAUCAUUAUGUCUCUCUCGACCCCCUUUGACACAUCGCAGCCCAUCGGCCCGAAUGAACGAGCAAUUGCAUUACAUGGCGUCAAAAGCAUACCUGUCUGGGCUAUUGGGUUUUUUAUAGAUUUCCUUGAUUUCGUCAUGCGUUAAACACGUCUGGCUGGUGGUCAAAGCGGUCUUCACCGGAUCAUAUCCACGGAGCCAAUGGGCCAUGGCAGUUUUUACUCGGGCUGGCGCGCAGAACAUGAGGGGAUGAGAGAGGAUGUGAUGGUUCAGCCACACCAAUGGAUCAAGGAGAUGAGUGCUGGCGAAGGAUGGGGAGAAUGGAGAUUCAUGGACUUCAAAUCCGUCAUUUGUAUUAUUGAAUGAGCCGAUGGU